CUGAGCUCAGAUCAGUUAAGGGGCAGAGAGCCUCCCCUCCUCACUGCUCUAUAAAAGAGACCCAGCAAAGGGACCCUACCAGCUUCUAGCUCUCAGCCUGCGGGAGCGCGUGGGAAGCAAAGCCCAGACCUGCGGAGCAGAAAGCUCCAGCUGCAGAGGCAAGGCCGGCAUGGCUCCCACUUUCAAACUUCAGUGUCACUUCAUUCUGAUCUGCCUGCUGGCUCUAAGAGGGGAGAGCCGGUACCUGGAGCUGCGGGAAGCUGUGGACCACGACCCUUUCCUACUCUUAAGCGCCAACCUGAAGCGGGAGCUGCCGGGGGAGCAGCUGUACCGUCGCGCUAUGCGGUGCCUGGACAUGCUGAGCCUCCAGGGCCAGUUCACCUUCACCGCCGAUCGGCCGCAGCUGCACUGCGCCGCCUUCUUCAUCGCAGAGCCCGAGGAGUUUAUCACCAUCCACUACGAACUGGUCUCCAUCGACUGUGAGAGCGGGGACUUCCUGAAGGUAUUUGAUGGUUGGAUUCUCAAGGGGGAGAAGUUCCCCAGUUCCCAGGAUCACCCUCUCCCCAUGAGUGAGCGGUACAUAGAUUUCUGUGAGAGUGGUCUUAGCAGAAGGAGCAUCAGAUCCUCCCAGAAUGUGGCCAUGAUCUUCUUCCGGGUCCAUGAACCAGGAAAUGGGUUCACGUUAACCAUAAAGACAGAUCCUAACCUCUUUCCCUGCAAUGUCAUCUCCCAGACCCCAAAUGGAAGGUUUACUCUGGUCGUGCCACAUAAGCAUCGCAACUGCAGCUUCUCCAUAAUUUAUCCUGUGGUGAUCAAAAUAUCUGAUCUCACCCUGGGACACUUAAAUGGUCUGCAAUUAAAGAAGUCCUCAGCAGGUUGUGUGGGAAUAGGAGAUUUUGUGGAGCUGCUGGGAGGAACUGGACUGGACCCUUCCAAGAUGAUGCCUUUAGCUGAUCUCUGCUAUCCUUUUCACGGCCCUGCCCAGAUGAAAAUUGGCUGUGACAACACGGUGGUGCGCAUGGUCUCCAGCGGAAAACAUGUAAAUCGUGUGACUUUUGAAUACCGCCAGCUGGAACCAUACGAACUGGAAAACCCGAAUGGAAACAGUAUCCAGGAAUUCUGUUUGUCUACUCUUUGAAUAACCAAGCAAUGAUUUCCAUACUGCUACCUAAGGGAGUUUUUAAUGGCUGUUAUAUAUGAUUUUGAUGAGCAGCUAGUUAACAACCUUUCAUACCAGUCAGUAUUCCCAACCUUGAGCACAUAUCACACACACUAAUUUUUGUACCUUGCUUCUUUUUCAUUUGUAAGAUAUAAAUGACCACAUAGCAGAAAAUAAGCCCUCCCCCAGACCCCAGUAGAAAGCCAGUUUCCAGUAAUUCUUUGAUAUGCUACCAACCUGAACUGGUAAGACAAGUGCAAAGAAAUGUGCAAUAAAAACUUGUAUCUCAAGGGAAAAUACUACAAAGAAAUAAAAAUGUUAGUGUUCGUAUCAGUUUUAUGACAGAAAACGCAUGUCUG